AUGUCGAAUUCACACGCGCAUUCACCAUUGAAAGCAGUGACACUGACCCAUGUUAGGUACCAUAGAGGAGAUCAACUGGGCCAUUUCCUGGCAUGGAUUUCCCUAGUCCCAGUUUUCAUUAGUCUUGGUGGGUUCAUUUCUCAUUUCAUCUUUCGCCGCGAGCUUCAGGUCACGUUCUUUGCAUUGGGUCUGUUGAUUUCACAGUUUAUCAAUGAAAUUAUCAAGACAUCGGUCCAGCAGGCCCGGCCCGAAACCUGUGCACUUCUUGAAAUGUGCGAUUCCCAUGGCUGGCCCUCCAGCCACUCUCAGUACAUGUUUUUUUUUGCCGUUUAUUGCACGCUUUUGACGUAUUAUAAGAUUGGGAUUUUAGCCAGGAAACAAUUGUGGGUUGUGGGACUUCUUGUGUGGCCUUUGGCGAUUUUGACUAUGUAUUCGAGGGUCUAUUUGGGGUACCACACAGUAGCUCAGGUCUUCGCUGGAGCUGCACUUGGGGCGGUGCUUGGUGGAGGCUGGUUUUGGGUGGUGAAUUCUUUGCUCCGGUUCUAUUUUCCGGCAAUUGAAGAGAGUGCUUUUGGGAGCAGCCAGGACGACCCUUACAGCCUUACUAUUGUUGGGGUAAUCUCAUUAUUAUGUUUGGCUGAUUUUGAUCUGAGGCUAAAGAAGCUAGGUAAAACAUUUGAUCACCAAACCGGUCGGUGUAGCAAAAUAGAGCAAGGAUCUGCCAUAGGUGAAGGAGGGGAACAACAAUGCGUUCCAUGGUUGAGACUUGAGAGCCAUUGGGAAGAAAUCUGGAACUAUCUCCACACCGGUGUGGGACGCCUGUGUUCAAGCGGACCUGUCGGAGAAUAA